UUAGGGUUUUAGAAGACCUACGGAGGAGGGAAGAUAGCAGGCCGCUCUCACAGCAAUGGCGAGGAUCAAGGUUCAUGAGCUCAGAGGAAAGUCGAAGGCCAAGCUCUUGAAUCAGUUAAACAAUCUGAAAGCAGAGCUAGCGCUGCUUCGAGUAGCUAAGGUCACUGGAGGAGCACCGAACAAGCUAUCCAAGAUAAAGGUGAUAAGGUUGUCAAUUGCACAGGUUUUGACGGUGAUUUCUCAGAAACAAAAAGCGGCUCUGAGAGAAGCCUACAAGAAGAAGAAAUUCAUGUCGCUUGAUCUUCAUCAUUGGUUUAGAGCUCCAUUCAAGCGUUGUUCAGGCAUAACUGUAUUUUUGAGUGUGAAACCGCUCUCUCUCUCUCUCUCUCUCUCUCUCUCUUUCACUUCUUCCUCUCCUCUCACUCUCUUCACCCUGAAACUGAAUACCCUUCCCUUUUAUUUUAGGGUUUAGAGCCCCCGUAUGGCUUCUACAUUUUAAGUUUAGGGUUUCCUAUGCCUCUCCUUAUUAGGGUUUAUUGGAUUCGUGCAGGACAAGCUUCAGCAUCUGGCGGGACAGCAGCCCGAUA